AUGAAGUCUACCUUCUUCCUCUUGGCUUGCGCCUUAACUGGCAGCGCCGUUGCCCAAAAGAGACAGGACUACUUCCCCGAGUGCUCCCUCAAGUGUCUCGACCAGGCUACCAAACAGGCUACAAACUGCUCGUUGGACGAUGCCGUUUGCAUGUGCGUCCAGAAGAACUAUGAGGCCAUCUACAACGCUGGUGUGAACUGCGUUCUGCAGGCAUGUGGCCCAGAUGAGGCCGUUGGCAAAGUCCUUCCUGCUGGUGCCAAGUUCUGUGCUGCCGCCACUGCUCAGGCCAAGGCUGGAGGUGCUUCAAAGACCACUGCUCCCACUGCCUCUGGCUCCAGCACUGGAGCUGUAACGGGUAGCACCACUUCUGCUGCUUCUACUGGAACUUCAGCAGCUGGUCAAGCUACGAGCACAUCUUCGCCUGGAGCGGCGGCUACCGACGCUCCAGGAAGGGUUCUCGGCCUCAUUGUGGCCGGAGUUUUGGCUGCUCUGUAA